GACACCAGCACUAACCCCAGCACACACACUCAGCCGCCAGCACCGUCGACAUACAACAUGGCUGACGCCCCACGCGGAGGAUUCGGCUCUCGAGGUGGUGACAGAGGAGGCCCGCGUGGCCGUGGACGUGGACGAGGGCGCCGUGGCAAGACCGAGGAGAAGGAAUGGCAGCCCGUGACCAAGCUCGGCCGUCUCGUGAAGGCUGGCAAGAUCAAGAGCAUGGAGGAGAUCUAUCUCCACUCUCUCCCGAUCAAGGAGUACCAGAUCGUCGACUUCUUCCUCCCCAAGCUCAAGGACGAGGUGAUGAAGAUCAAGCCGGUGCAGAAGCAGACGCGCGCCGGCCAGCGCACCCGAUUCAAGGCCAUCGUCGUCAUCGGAGACUCGGAGGGCCACAUUGGUCUCGGCAUCAAGACGUCCAAGGAAGUCGCGACCGCCAUCCGCGCCGCCAUCAUCAUCGCCAAGCUCAGCGUCGUGCCCAUCCGAAGAGGCUACUGGGGUACUAACCUCGGUGAGCCGCACUCGCUGCCCGUCAAGGAGAGCGGCAAGUGCGGUUCCGUCACCGUCCGUCUCAUCCCCGCGCCCCGUGGUACUGGCCUCGUCGCUUCGCCCGCUGUCAAGCGUCUGUUGCAGCUCGCUGGUGUGCAGGACGUCUACACUGCGUCGUCUGGAUCGACCAAGACGCUCGAGAACACCCUCAAGGCUACCUUCGUUGCCGUCGCCAACACGUACGGCUUCCUCACUCCAAAUCUAUGGAAAGAAACCAAACUUUCCCGAAGCCCGCUUGAGGAGUACAGCGAUGUGUUGCGCGAGGGCAAGAGGUAUUAGGGCAGCGGUGCAGAAUGACGGAUCUUUUCUAGCAUUCACGGGUUCCAUAUGGCGUGAGGUGGUGCAUAGGGCACCUUUCUAGGUCAUCAUGAAUGACAAAAGAAUACUCACUGAAAAUACUC